AUGACGAACGAAGUCGCCGACGAGUCGUCGGAAACACCACAAAGCCCGAUACGACCAAUGGUCUCACUAGAGACGGCCAGCACCCCGGUAACGCCACCAGCUCAGACCAUCAGUGCGGUUUCCGAGACACCAUCAUCCGGUGGCCCGCCACCUUCUAUCACAGUGGCUACACCUUUCGUCACAACCCAGAACCACAUACCAACACCCUCUCUAAAUAGUGCAACCCUAUCGUUGUUCCCCAUCAUCGGCGGACCCAACCCAUUCACUCCACCUCCUCUACCACUAUUUUUUCCUAACACCGGCGGACCAAGUAACGUCAGCUACAGUCUAAUACUGCCACCCAUUCACACCAAAAAUGAGCCACGACAAACAACGCUAGUAACACCACCGUCAACGGCGCAAGCCACUAACGGACUACCCCCGCUCAUGAACGUGUCCGCAACCCCGGCGAAUAACGCCGCUAGUGGCCCAGGUGUCGCUUUCCAAGCGCAAAGUUACCCAUCUUUAGUGACAGGAGCCAUUCCAACACCGCCAUUCAUGCCAUACCAGCAACUCCCCAUCCCCCACACGUUUUCCACCCAUUUCCAGCCGCAGAACUUCUAUGGCCCAACACCACCAGACCUUGCAGCCAUUCCUGGAAAUGCAGCAACCGGGAUACUAUUUUUCUCAACGGACAUCGAACCAGACUAUCUCUCGUGCAGUGUCACAUAA